AUCAACCUUUUGUUUAUUGGUCAGUUUGACCGAUAGUGGACAUAUUUGCUUAGGUGAAAUUAAAAAAUGAGAAUUCUAUAGAUUACAGUAGUGACGGAAAUAGGGCGCGAUUCUACGUCCGGAUGAUAAACCGUGGCACGAUUAAUUGGUCUUGUUCCUUAUCAAUAGCUCAUCUCAUUUUUCUGUCAGCUGUCAUAUAGGACAAUUUUAUUUUGUUUUGACGAUUGGGUUAUGUUUUGACGUUGUCGAAUGAACGAAUGCCAAACGAAGCAAUAUUUGUGAUGUAAUGUUUAUAUUUAUGUAUCUUUGAAGGUAAAUAUUUGCGAAGUUGAUAGUGAUUGGAGCCAGCCCAGUUUUAUCGAAAGUGUUGUCAACAUAUUGGACAUUUGGAAAUGCUUACAUUACUUUCAUAGUAAUAAUAGUAAGUGCAUAACAGAUCAACAUGGAUUAAAUUUGUAUGUUUUAUCUGUUUGGACUGAGAAAUUCCAAGAUAAGAAUGUUGUUGUGAUAAAAAUAUAGCUCAUAUCCUAGCUGCAGUAGUCUAGUUGUCAUGUAAAUUGAAAUAAAUAGCAUAGAAUGGAAUUUGAUUCUCAGAGCCAGUGUUCGGAAGAUGGUACAGAAAUACUUUCAGAAAAUGGAGACUUGUACCAAGACUUCUCCUUCUCUGAGGAUAAUCAGCCUCAAUUUCUUGAGGCAAAAGUUGUUUAUUUACUUAUGCAGAAAAACAUACCAGUUUCUAGAGCAACUAGGGUACAAUGGCUCCUUGAUCACUUGAAUACAACAAUUACCCCUAGUCAAAGAAUUAUGGAACCUUCUAGCAAUUUGGAAGUUAUAUCAGCAAUACCUAGAGAACAAACCAAUAUGAAAUGCAAUCGUUUUCUAGUUACCCAUCGUACUGAACUUAAAUUUUUAGCUCAUAGUUACAGAUUCAUAUACUGCCUAGACAUGAGUCCAUCUCAUGCCAAUGUUGAUAUCCAAAAAGGAGAAAUUCUCCUUGAUGAAAUUUUGAACUGUUUCAAAUCUAGUUUAUGUGGGCUGUGCAAAGAAUUUAUAAUACCAGGAAAUGAGCAUAUUUUCUCGCCAAGCAUAUAUCUGACAGUUAUCGCCAAUACUCCUUUUUUCAUGAGCCCGGCUCAGCAAGUUUUAGUAAAAGGAGUUCUUUUAACGCCUGACAAUCAAAACGAGGUUAUUAAAUAUGUUGAAAAACAAUUCCACUUGCUUGAGGGGAAAUUGGCUGACGUCUCUGCAACAGCAUUGGACCAGCUGAAUUUUCAAAGGGCACAAAGUGAAGUGUUAGUGGGAUCCCUUUUCGAUGUACCAGAAACGGGAAAGUUAUAUUCUAGGAUACCAAUGGUCUCACCUGAUGUAAAUUUUGUUAAUAUGUUAAGAUAUUCGAUGCUGGCUAUAACUCUCCUCCCCGAAAAUAGCAUUAGUCAUAUUCUAGUCAUAACAGAUGGGAUAGUUGCAAUGCCUGAUUCGAAUAUAAUGGAAACUUUAUUGUUCCAGUUACAUUACGAUAGUAUAGCCGUCUCAUUUUUAAAAGUUGGUUCUAGUUUUCAUCCCCAUUCAAGUGCAGGUUUUGUGUCUUACACUGAUCUGCUACAUUUCUUCUCUCGUGCUACUCUAGGCUGCUGUUUGGAGAAUUUCAUUCAAGUUGGGUCAGAUCCGUCCUUGGCGUUAAAUAUUUACCAUGAAUUGUUUUUGUUAUGGUCGUUUCAUCAUAUAAAUAGAUAUACUGCAAAAUAUUGUGAUACUACAAGAUGGGAUCCUGCAAAUGAUACAUUUUGUAGCCAUAAAGUGCCGACUUUGCUUUCCAAGAGACAGACUGAUGAAAAUACAAGUGCUUCCAUUUUACUAUUGAUAUAUAGACGAAUAAGAGAAGGUUUUACUGUAGAUAGUUUGUAUUGUUCCAAUGGGAAUUUAGAAAUAAAAUUAAUCUUACAGUGGAAAUCAUCUAUCUACCUACAUUAUAAACUGUGUUCACAAUGGCCAUCUAUAAAAAAUUCUACACAUUUUGAAGUCUGUGUAUCUGCUCCGUAUGAAUUUUUCCACGAUAUAACAUCAAAAGAAUCAAAAUCACUAUAUAGACAAGCAAUUAUAGAACGAUUUUGGUUAAGAUUAUCGCAGCUAUCACAAGGUGACUCAGGAUUGGCUCAGCAACUUAGUUGCUUUCAAAAUAAUAAAGACUGGUACACCUUGCCUGAGAGCAUAAGAAAUGGAAUACCUGUUUUCAUCCUGAACAAUUCUGGAAGCGCUGAUGGAAUGAAGUUGAUGUUGACACCAAGUGACCCAUCGUACCCAAAGUUUGUGAAUAUCUGGCAACCUGUAUGCCAAAUGGAAACGGGUAAUUGGAGAAAGUGGUUACACGUUCACAAAGUUUCUCUGAUUCUGAGACAUGAUCAUCCUCUUCCCAAAUAUUUACACUUGGCCAACUCAUCACAACGAUAUCAGGUUGUCCAAUGUAGACAGGCAGCAGCAGCCCUAUAUGGCUACUUAGCAGAAUGGGCCUCUUUCAUUCUUAUCGACAAUCACACAUAUUUAAAGCUUUUGACCAAAGAAUCUGGGAAGCCACCAGUUUGGUUCUGUAUAGUACGUGUAUCAUCAAAGUUCCCAUGUGUCGUAUUGAAUAUUGGGUUUACAACUGGCACGCCUAGUCAAACUAGAUUUGAGGUUUGCGAGCAGUUGAAACACGAAAUAUCUGUGCUGUGUUAUUCUUCAAAUCCUGUGAAAAUGAAAGAAAAUUUGUGUUGUGUGUUAUUGCAGAAACCCCUAGAAAAAAUUUUGAUAAGAUAUGAACGGAUUCCAAACAAUUAUACAACUGUGGUAUUUCCAGACGGUACACAACCACCUCAUACUUCUUGUCUAAGUUUGCCAUCCCCAGUAACUGGAUCGCUGUUCACAACACUUUCAAGAUAUCUAUUUCAUAAGAGGUGGAUAUGGAGUGCCACAUUACAGGCAAAUCCAAAAUUACCAGAUAAUUCUAUAUCAAGAAUCCUAAGCACACUUACAAAUAUGAGGUUACGAGAGGGUUACAGCUUCGCUCAUUCCUCAUCUGGUAUUAUAACAAUGGUGAUAGAACUAUGGAUGGAACCCACAGCUACUUGUAUAGUUCAAUACGUUCUUUUUCCACCGCACUGCUGUUUAGGAGAUGAUAUUUACAGCGGCUCAGAAGAAGAUAAUGAGCAAUCGUCAGAUUCAGAGGCUGAGCUGCAAAUGGUCACUGAGGUGUGGAUUGAACCACAGUAUGGCAAAGUCGUCCCAAACAAUCCUAGAAUCAGUUAUAUUGACAACAAGGCUUAUUAUGAAAUUGCAGAUGCUAUCUGUAAAGUGGACCUACAGUGCAUAAGCUCUCUGUUAACAAUGGAACAUCUAAGUUUAAUGUGCCAAGAGAAGAGUGAUGAUCGAUUCAACUUGAGCGGUACUUUCAAUAAUAUUAGUCAAAUCACUGUUUGUCGAAAGUCGUACUCGAGAAGAAAUAGUAAGAACAGUUACUUGGAAUCACCAUCCAUCUUAGCUAGAAGCAAAACCCAGUUGUACCCCAUUACUAGUCCGAGGAUCGAGCAUAUGCCCUUCAAAUUUGACCCCAUAUCAAUUCUGCCCGUAUGUCAACAAACUGAGUUGACCUUUUCAAUGUUCAUCGAAGCACGAGACAAAUCUUAUAUUGCUGAAAAUAGUGCAGAUAAGUCGAAUAAGUUAUUGCUUGAAAAUAUAUUGGAGCAUCUUGCGCUGAUACACGACCAAGAGCUAGAACUGACCAAAGAAGAUUCUGACAGGUUUACGCAAGAAGUUCUAUUAAGACAUAAGAAUACAAGUGGUCAUACUUGUCCGAUAUCAGAAAACGUUAAUUGCAGAGUAUACCCUCAAGAGAAAGAAGAUAUAACAGGAGCUCAAUGGAGGUGUUUUAUAAAAGGCGUAUCAGAAACCCACGUAAUUCUAACCUUUAUUGCCGCCUCGAUAGAUGAUCUCAAAAGUCUAUUAGCUGUAGACGUAGACCACACCAACAUUCCAAGUUUGACUGAAAGCUUAGAUAGUACGGAACGAGCUUCUUCUAGAUGCAGUAACUUUAGCGAUGUGCCUAUCACCUCGACCAAUUCGGUUUGUCUGCCAAUUUACGUUUUUGAUUGUCCACUCAGAGGAUUGGUCAAUGCUUAUAUCAAUAAUCAAGAAGAUGUGCCUCCAGCAGAUAUAUAUGAAGACCAUAUGUUUAAGCAUGGCGAUAUCUCUGAAGAGUGCAUCAAGCUAAAAGAAGACUGUGAUAUUCCUUCGGAGCCUAAAGAGGAUAAUGACAACCACAACAGUGUCCGUCAACACUGUAAAACUUUGAUAGUAACUCAUUCGAAAUGUUUCACAAUAUCCCUUUUCAUAGCCCUUCACAGGGGUAUUUUUAUUCACAGCUAUGAUGUCCAAUCAGCUAUCGAUCAAUGUGAAGAGUCUAUCACUGAAAUAGAUAUCACAGAAUAUAUUAUGACAGUAUGCGCCCAUGUCAAGCAGCUGAACUCUGACCACAUGCUUGUGAAAGACUUAAACCAGGCACAUCCAUGCUAUGAAUUGAAAAAAUUGCAUAAUUUGAUCAAAGAAAAGUUUUUCAAGAUGCUGAAUACCGUUUUCUAUCCUAUACCGACGAACAGCGAGUACUAUUUUUUCAAGAAUCUCAAAAAUGCUGAGCCUUUAGAAGAAAUGAGUGAUAGCGAUGACGAAGUUUCGGAAAAUCCAUCAGAAGUUGUGUUUAAAUCAGAAAUAAGUAUUUACUCUGAAGGUCCACAUUUAUUACAAAGAUUAGAGAGUGGAAUAAGCGGGAUCAGCGAGGUCAAUAGCAGUGAGGUCGAACCAUUGUUUUUGCAUCUGAUUUGUACUUUAAGGUGUGGGCAUGGUGAACAGUCUCAUACAUCCGUGAGAGUCAUCCCAACUUGCUUAGGCGAACUAAUUCAGAAUUUGGAUCCUUCUAUAGAAUUUCUUGACAAAAACAACAUCCGCGUAACGUUGGAUAUGUUAUGCUUAACAUUACCUUCAGAUGUUGAAAAUAUAAUUAACGACUAUUCUUCACAUGGUAUGAGAACGACUUCAUUUUGUUCAGAUGGUUUUCCUCCAAAUGUAGCUAGCAAUGUUUCUGAAGCAAGUUUUAUUCCAGAGAUAUCGGAGCCGCUAAAACGACUAUCCGAAAACCAAAUGAAAUCUGUGUUGCAAAUAAGAGACGAAAUAAAAUGGCUUUUGCGUGACGAAAUUUGCACAGCUCUAUUGGACCAGGAACCAGUUUCAACAGACACUUUGAACUACGUUAUAAAGCAUGUCAGUGACGGUACUGCUAUUAGAUCAUCUUGUGUACUAGAUCAUAUCAAUUUAAACUUCGUCUACGCCACGGCCCAGAGCUAUGAAAAAUUUCUCGAAGAGUUCAAAAAUCUAUCAUUAGUGUGUGGUAGAUACAAACUUUGCCAAGAGCAAGACCUUUUUUACUUAGCCAAAGAUCCGAAAGUGCCUAAUACCGUGCCCAACAUACAUUUUAUGAGAGCGGAACAGGUUUCCUUAGGGACAAAUCCAAGUUUUUUGAACCUAGGAAGUGGAUUUGGUGACGAUCUGGAAGGUAGUCUGAAAGAAAUAUUUACGUCGAAUGAAGAUAACCGUCAAGAAAGCUCGCAACCCAGUGAGAUAUCUAGCAUGAAUGAGAGUGCUGCAGGAACGGACGGCUACGAGGACGACGAUGAAUACGAAGAUUACGAUUGGUUAACGACCUUAGACGAUAAAAGACCACAUUUAUCAAAUUUCUGGUUGAUACUGAAAAUUACUCAGGACGUUGUUACCAUUUAUUUUCAUUGUAGAUUCUUGGAGUUACCCACGUACCGUGUUGGAGUAUACAUAGAAGUUCAACGAGCAGUCAGAGAAUCUGUCAGAGAUCUAUGCAAACGUGUUAACCAACUUUUGCUGCUUCAAUCACUUUAUGAUACUAAGACUUGCGAUUCAUUACUAGAACCUGACGACUGCAGUGAGUGUAACUCGCCGAUUUCGAGAAGUGCUUCUUUCGCCAGAUUGAAAGGCUUAGACGUUGAAGAGCCAACCGAUUUUGAUAUGAUGAUUUACUCAACAUCACUAUCUGAAGCAUCUCUAAAUCUGAAACCAGGAUAUUUCAGUUGUCCAGUAGUAUGGGAAACACCAUUUAUUUUGCAUCCUCGCUUGAAAACAGGACCUGGAAAAUCUGGAAUAUCCAGAGGGAUCCUAGCGUUAAAAACUAUACUCGACAAAUUUUCUGUUUUAAAUCGAAACAAUAUGUUUGUCUAUAAGGACAACCAGAACAAUGUUUUUUAUUUGAGAUUACACGAAAACGUGCAAAACUCCGGUACAAAAUUAUCGCUGAUGAGAUCAAAUGAAUACGAAAGUGGGCCAGUGUCUAGAAGUCCGUCCAUUGCAUCACUGCCUUUAGGACAAAAUAAAUCAAACUUAACCCAGUCAGAACAAAGUAUAACCUCGACAACAUCGGGAGACAUCAGGCCAAGAGUGAGAUCAUUCGGUGAAAAAGAGAGCAAGGAUAAUCCUAACGAAGAUACCCUGAUACUAAAAGUACAUGGAAUCACUGAAGCAGGUUCUGAUGUUCAAAACGAUCUAGUUCAAGUAUUGCAAAACAGACUGGAUGAUGCUGUCUUGGAGUUUCUCUCGAUUAUGUUGGCCAGAAAUGCUAUGUGUCCUCUUACCCCAGAAGAUGUGCAUUUCGUUCAGAAACCAUUCAGGCCUCCUGAGGUAGUUGUAAGGUUGACUAUCCAAGACUUCGCGCUCCAAUACUUAGAAUCAUUCAUUCACUACUUGAAACAGAACCUUCUACAAUUUCUCAACAUACCGAAAUAUACGGAUAGCAGAACACAUUUUCACUUUAAAGACUAUACUGAAAAUGAAGAAGGGACCCACAUGGCUUGUGAAGAUAAUAUAUUUAUCUAUAAUCAAAGUCAAAAUCCGUCAGCUGGUAGUCGUGGCAUAGCCUGCAUCGCUUUGGCACUGAUUAACAACAAACAGACAGGACAAAAGUUUCACUCGAAUGAUUUUACAAAGAUUUUCGAGACUGGGGAUUUUGAUAGUGUUGUGAAUUCCGAAAUCAUUUCAAAUAAUGCUGAAUUGCCACCUUCGUACAUAGAGUUCCGUAUUUGGAAACAAGGCCGGGUAAACAUAGAGAACCUCUCGCAAAAAAUGGAAGCCACCGUAUCUCAAGCUAGUUGGGAUAUUGUGAUGGAAUAUUUCCUUUUAACACAAACUGUUUGCGUUAACUCAAACGAAAAAUUACCCGAAAAAUGCUCCAAAUUGGAAAUUGACAAGUUAAAUUUGGAUUUCAGUAAGGAGAUUGAGUUUAAUUGUACUCUAAGCUCUAGUUGUGAUAACUAUGUUAGACCCACUGUCUACUGUGAUAAACCAAAGAUUCAACAAUAUUUGAAUAGAAAAAAGAGGAUCCGUGGGCCACUCAGAGCUGUCGCUAUAGAUGAAAGUGAUGAGAGAGAUAAUUUUAAACCUCCCGUAAGAAAAAAGUUGAAACCAAAUCAGCUAGAAUCGGGAGACACUGGCAGGCUCUCAAUCGUAUACUCUAAGUACUUACAGCAUUGGUUAGAAUUUGGAUUUUCCUUGAAUACCCCGUCUGUAAAGAAACACAAAAUAACCCUAAUUAAUCGACACCUACCGACCACUAUCAUAAACGAGCUAGUUAGCAUGCUCCUAGACUCGCCAAAAGUUUUCAGAUGUUUCCUAACAAAUUGUAUUAAAAACGAAUCAGAAGAUAUUUUCGUGCCUUAUGUUGCAUCGAAUUUGAUACCGAGGUCGAUAAUAAUUUCGAGAAACAUCGAACAUUGGAUGGCAAACGUAAAAUGUAAAAGUGCAGACGAUUUCCCCGAUUACAUGAGCCCUCAGAAUUUGAAGCAUACGCAAAAAUUUGUACCUGCUAUUUGUAACAACAAUUUUAUACCGAGACAGAAGAUCUUGUGGAUAUCCGUGGAGAAUGAUAAUAUCAUUAUUUACACAUAUAACUGGGUAAAAGACAACGUAGACAAGCUGAUAAACAAUUGUACAAACUUGGGUUACUGGUUAAACGUUAGAUCUUCGUUCAUAAACUCGGUAACAUCGCAGAAGUUGGGUAUCUUUCAUAACCAGCCUUUAACAAGAAAAGUAUUUAUGAUACCGAAUAACCCUUACACAAACAUAAUAGGAAGUGUAGAGUAUACUCUAACUUUUCCGAAAGACCAUUCUCACAAAAGACCACACCCGUUGUUGAACUUUGCUGCAAUCUUAGAGGCAUUCAGAGACAACUAUAAAAUAUGCAAGUACGCUUCACUCGACCCGGCAGUCACUUUCACUUUAGAAAUCAGAGAAAUGAAGUCUUUAGAAAAAAGAAGUAGGGAAGAGAUGAAAACGUUACAUGGAAUGUAUCAAUCCAGAACCAGUACAGUGACUGUCCAGCAGAUCUAUAUGUUGAUCCAGAAUGCUAGAAUCGUUCAUUACUGCCACACGCCAUUGUUGUUUUUGUCAAGAUGGAGAUUGAAAUCUGCAUCUACCAGAGAUCAUUCCUUGUAUCCUUCACACGCGAUACAACUAGCUGAUUUGAUGGCUUCCGAGCAGAAAGAGAUGUGGCAUACUGAACUAUGCUAUGGAUUUUUCUUAGAAUAUAGGCAUUAUUUGCAGACCUUAGGGUUCAUCCCGUUGCAGAUCAACAAUCAACAUACCACUAAUACGAUCUGGACUAAUGACAAAUCAUCUUACAACAAUGUAUUUUAUAUACAGAAAACAAUUUUGGGUGGAAUUUUGAUAUUCACUGUAGAAUUCAGUGAACCAUUUUUUGUUACCAAAUUACUUGCCAUAGAAUGCAAUAGACUACAAAAUAUCACAACUAGAGUAUCAAUAGCUUCAAUAAACAGAUUCACUCUCAGCUUUGUGGAUGAAUGCGACAGAGUGAAGGUUCUGAUGCACCUUCAUUCUUUUACUUAUGACUACCACCUACGCUCAAUAUACAACUACAUAUCUGGAAGCCAAACAGUCAAUAAAGUAUGCGAAAAAUAUAACGUGCAUCAGUUCCUAGACGACUUUAUGAAGUACUACAACAAAGCUCCGAAUUUUGCCAGAAAUCUAGUACACACAGAUAUUCUUACGAUAAAAAAUUUAGUAACUGAGGGCAAGCAACUGUUCGAUUAUUUACUAUCAAAUAUAAGUCAAUACAACUUCAAGGUUUUCGAAAUGGAUAUCUGGGAAGGAGAACCAGAAUAUAUUUUGGUUCAAGUGACCACUACACCACAGAUGUCAUAUAAAGACUCUCAGGAUUGUCAACAUACUGAUGAUUUCGAUAUCACCUUGGUUGUAUAUAAUUUAUGUACGCCAUAUAGUCAUAAAGAUAAUGUGCUGCAUUUAAAAUACUACUUGAUAUUGACGUCCAAAAGGUAAUAUCCCUAUCAUUUUUAAGAAAUUUCUUUUGAAGCAACAAUAGUUGAGUCUCUCAUGUGUUGUCCUUUAUCAUCUGGGUAUGAGUUUUAAGUUAAAGUUUGAUUACAGAAACAUAUUGUGCUUUGAUUUUUUUUUUCUCUUUUUUGUCAUUUUGGAAUGAAUUAGUUGAAAUUGUAUUAUCCGUAGACGGCUUGAAAAAUGUGCUCUCUGUUUUGUUUUGUCACUGGGCCAGUACUUUGAUCAGUCCUAGACUGUUUGCUGGCCAUCUUGCAGUAAGUGUAAUUUGUUGUUUUUACCUAUUUUGUAUCCUAUGUAAUUUUUUAACUGCAAAUAAACGCUAUUAUUAUUAUUACUUCCCACGCCUGCUGGCGAGGAAGUAUUGUAAUCGCGAAAAAUUUUUAAAAUGGAUCUGUUCUCGAAGAGCACGUCCCCCACGGAGUAUCGAACAUAUACAGAUAGGUGAAAGAGUUUUUUUGAGCAAAGUAAACAUACUUGCGUUGCAAAAUCAUUCACAGCUAUGAUUUGAGGUACAUAUAAUACCACAGGCUGAAAUAAACAAUGAUCGUAUUACAUUUAGUUAUAUGAUCCAUCUUCUAUUUCCUUUUUCAUGUAUAAAUUCCAGUGACGUGUCCGGAAACUUUUGAACCGCAAUGUAUUUUUCUAUUUGUUCUAUCUUGCAGAGAAAUAUAUCCAAAAUCCGAAAUCGAGGAGAAGCUGGGGAAAUUCAGAACCGUAUCUUCAACAGCAAGGAGUUUAUCUUCAACUACAGACAAGGACUCAAACCCUAAUCUGACUGAGACAUUCGAAAGUUCUACUGAGUACGCCAGCAUAUCAAGAAAAAACAGCAAUGGCAGUAUCAAUCAAGAAGAAUCGUCCACUCAAUCUAACUCUCUGCCUUAUGUACAGCUAUCACAAGAAAUAGUCAAUUACUUGGGUUAUUAUUCUUCGCACGAGCAGUUGAUGCAACAGUUGAUUUUGGACAGGGCUAAUAACACGCAGAAACAUAUCAAGGAUAUGGUUUCUAAAGGUAAAAUGCCGUCAAGUAGGUUAAAUCUGCACUUUCCACCCAACGCUGUCAUAGUUCAUAAACGAUAAAAAAACGUCAAGCAUGAAAAUCUGUAAUAAAGGAACUAAAUGAAUUAAGUCAGUCAAAUAGGCUCUUACACUCGAAAUACCGCAAUCCCCCGUUUUUAAAGGAAAAGGUAGUAUUUUGUACUUCUGUUUACUCACCAGAUAUUCGCUUUCACCAUGCCUAUCUACUGAACUUCGUUUUUACAUAAAACAUUUGCCUUUAAUGCGAUAUCUCUUUAUAUGUAGUUCGAAAUUCAACAUUUAACUUUUGACGACUUUGAAAAACAUUAUGAAUCUGCUUUUAGAGUGCCAAAAUAAAAAAUGUUUAUCUUUAACUUUUACUAUUUUUAACAUCCAUAAUGAGAGCAAUUAUAUUACUUACGUCUAAUAUUUUUGUAUAAUUAUUCUCAGUGCACUUUUGAAACGCAAUUUUUCAAAUUUUGUUAGGAAAAAGACGUGCACUUAAGUUUUUUACAGAAACGUCAAUAUGGACAUCCCAUUUUAAUCCAGCAUCAAGGUGUCCUCCAAGAAAUUUGAUCUUACUGAGACUGUUGGAUGACCCAAUAUUCCUAGCUGAAAAAGUAAUGUUCACAAUUUUCCCUUUAUUCAUCAGCAGCUUACGGCGCACCACCUGUAUAUUUCUGUAGGAUUUCUCAAAAUUAUCUGCAGUAGAAAAGAGUUGUAUCCACAAAAAGCGUGUAUCUAUAGUUUGCGUCCAUAAGUGGAAGGUCAUUUAUAUAUAUCAGUAAGAGAAUGGGGCCUAAAACUGGCCCUUGGGGAACUACCAUACUUCACUCUACUGUUUGGUGAUGAUACCCCAGCAACCGUAACCAUGUGUAAACUGUCUUGGAGGAAUGAGUUUAGGAAAUGGAUGUUGUCCUCACUGAUACUGUAUGCUUCCAAUUUCCUAAGUAGUAAAGAAUGGUCAAUAGAGACGAACACUUGGGCCAGAUCACAGAAUAGGACUGUACUGUACUCAUGAUUGUGGAAACAUUCCAGAGACUAGCUCCAAUAUUCUCAUCGGGUCGCUGAAAAGGUUUUUUGUUUCAAGAAACUCAGUCAAUUGCAUUACAUUUCUCUAAGACUUUGGUAGCUAUCGGUAAAAGAUAAAUUGGCCUGUCAUUUUCUGGGAAUUCGUUGUCACCUUUUUUGAAGAUUUUAAAGAUAUAUGGGAAUAUUGGUUUUUUCCUCUUAACUGAAUCCUUGAUGCGGCAUUUACCAUAAGAUAAUCUCAGUUUGCCAUGACGUGGCGACAGUGUGAUAUCCAAAACUAGUAAAAGGCGUUGAAUCAGUCUACUAAUUGAGCAAUUUUUCCAGGAAUGGUGCAUUGCCGAACCCAUCUUCUCUGGAACCGACUCAUUGCACCUCAAGAGCUGAACGGCCUUUCUUACGAAGAGUUUUUGGAACUGAAAAAGCUUGCCAAACUACAACAUUUAUGCGAAAUGCAUCCAAAUUUGGGACCACUACUGAACCAACCUCUCAGCUGGUACCAAGGACUGGCAAAAUUGUUAUUGAACAAAUACGUGGAUCAUAAUAGGACGUUCAUUUCUCCUGAUGGCAACGUCCAACACUACGUGAUAUUGCAUCAGAGAUAUUUUGGGGCUUUCAUGCUUUUGUCUCUAGAUCUUCACACUUCUAGAGGUGAACUCUAUGCAGUCUAUCGGGAGCCCCACAAGCAAGAAGAUGCUGACUUGUGUCUAGCUUAUCAGAAAUCUUUGUUGGAUGGAUUCGUUAAUUGUAUUUGCUUUUAUUUGUGGUCUGGUAUGAUCUCCAACUGAUAUUUGAGCAACUCUUUCAGUUGGUUUUCAAAGUGAUCAAAAAGCCUUAAGAAGAAUGACCCGUUUGGCAUUAUAUCUUUAAUAUUAUAUUUUCGAUUUUCGUUCUUGGACUGAAACCAACAGAAAUUAAUGUAAAAUUUUGAAAUAUAUUUCGUUGUUGAAUUGCGACUUAACGUGAAUAGAGUUCGAUAAUAAUUAACUUCAGUGAUGUCUUUUUAAAUAUGCUUCAGUUUUUAUCGAGAUGUAGUUCACUACAGAGGCGUGCAAAUUGAAGAAAAGACACUACUUUAUUCUUUUGCAGGCUUCUACAUAAUACUAGAUUCCUGUUCAAAAUUCCCACAAAUGUCUGUGAAUAGUCUAUCUUCAUAUUUUGAGCUCUAUUAUCGCACCGAUAAUAGUAAUUAAUUUUUUAUUUUCAGUAAAUGUUUCUGAUGCAUAAUAUUGUAUAGAAACAUAUUACCGUGUGCAAGGACAUCCAGAAUAUCAAGUUUUUUUAGUAAAAUAGUUUGUAUUAUAAGUAACCUUCUAUUCAUGACAAUUUAUCAAAAUAGAGCUUAAAAUAAAGAACUAUGAUUCUAUUUUGAGCAGGAGAUAACGUUGGUUAGCUUUUAAGAUGGAAACAUCUUUAUCUUAUAUUUGGUAACAAAAAAUAUAAAACCACUGUGGGCCAAUGAAACAGCUCUUGUAGCAAUAUUAUAUUGAAGAAUAUCAUUUUAAUAGUCUGACUAUUAUUAGUUAAUUGUUGAUACUCAAAUGGUUUAAGUUAGUUAUUUGGAGUUGCGUUAUUGGCUGAUUUUCAUUUUCAAUGAGUUGCCUCCGAGUCAAGUUAGACUUUUGUUUUUAAUACUAUAGUUUGUUAUAUUUUUAUUUGUUGAUAUGUUGCUUGGAACAAUAAAAUCAAUGGCUCAGUGUACUGUGAUAUAUAUUUGUACAAAUUCAAAAUGUGCCUGACGAUUGUAGGAUUUAUGAUGUUUUAUAGUACCUUUUCUAAAGAAAUUUAUUUUUUUCAAAAUGUAAUCUUAAUGUGCCAUGUUCUUC